AUGGUUCCAGUCAAACUCCUCAUCCUGGGGACUCAGAACACUGGGAAAACAGCCUUCUGUGUUCGCUUCAUCACGAAACGCUUCAUUGGAGAAUAUGAUCACAAGAAAGAGGUCAUCUACAGAUGCAACAAGCUGGUCGACCAGGAUUCUGUUGACGUGGAGAUUUUGGAUUUGGCUUCAAAGGCAGGUGAUAGUCACCCGCCGUCGCUGGAGUCGUCGAUCCGCUGGGCCGACGGCUUCCUGCUGCUCUACUCCAUCACUCAUCGAGCAAGUUUUGUGAAGGUGACGCCUGUCAAGAAACUCAUCGAUCAAACCAAACAGAGCCUGGUCGUCCCUACUGUGCUGGUGGCCAAUAAAGCUGACCUAGAAAUUGGGAGGCAGGUGACGACAGAGGAAGGACAGAAACUGGCUCAGGAAUUGAGGUGUGGUUUCAGUGAACUCUCAGUGGCCGAGGAGGUUUCUUCUGUGGAGGCAGCUGUGAUCCAACUCAUAAGGCUGGUGCUGGACCAACAGCGUCCUCCUGCUGACCGCCGCUCCUACAUGCUGUCCGUCCGACACGCUUUGACCCGAAAACUCACUCGCUCUAAGACGAUGCAGUGGUGA